AUGAAUAUCGAAUCAAUUAAAGCAAUACGAUUUUAUAUUACAAUUUAUGCUUCAUAUAUAAUACUUCUUUUUGGUAACAUUGGAUGUAUAUGUAAUUUUAUAACAUUUACAUCAAAAUCAUUACGUCAAAAUUCUUGUGGAUGGUAUCUUUUAAUGUCAAGUCUAUUCGAUUUUAUUUAUAUUAAUUUUGGUCUAUUUACUAAAUUAGCAAGUGAACAUUAUGGUAGCAAAUUACAACAUACAAAUCUUGCUUGGUGUAGAAUACGUAUAUUUCUUACAUGGACAUUACCAUGUUUUUCAACAGGUUAUCUCGUUUUGGCUUCUAUAGAUCGAUGUUUAUCAACAUCAAAAAGUAGAUACAUUCGUUCAUUUAGUCAAAUUAAAGUAGCACAUCAAAUGACAUGUGUUCCAAUUAUUUUAUAUAGUCUUACAUCUUCUCAUUUGUUAAUCUAUUUUAAUCUUCGAUCACGUUGUUCUCCAGCAGCAGGAACUUAUUCUUUUUUCUUAUCAAUAUAUAGUAUUGUUUGGACAAGUUUAAUUCCACAAAUUAGUAUGUUCAUAUUUAGUUUGAUUAUAUAUUUUAAUGUUCGAAAAAGUCAUCAACGUCUUGUUCAUCCAAUAAUACAACAACGAAAUCGAACUGAUUCACAAAUGAUUAAAAUUACAUUAGUUCAAGUUUUAUAUAGCUUUAUUUUACUUAAUAUUCGAACAGUAUACUAUUCAUAUACAGUACUUUCAACAGAUAUUACCAAAGAUGAAUACCGUCAUGCUAUAGAAGCAUUACUUUUGCAAAUCUCAAGUUUUAUAUUCUAUUUGAAUUUUAGUAAAAGUUUCUUUGUAAAUACAUUAUCAAGCAAUCUCUUUCGUAAAGUUUUAAAAGAGCGUUUACUUAUUUUUUAUCGACGAAUAAUAUAA